CCGAAUGACCACUACUUAUUGCUGAGCCUUGACUUUGGAGUAUGGGGGAAAGAUGAUGAUGGAAUGGGAGGAGGAAGGAAGACGCACAGCUGAGCUUGAUCUUGCCCUCACCCGACAUCCACACAUUUGCACGUUCUGCAGGGGUCGCUGGAUAGUGAUGGUAAACCUUGUAUGCUUGAGGUCUUGUCUCCCAGAUCUGCAAUGCCAAUUGACAUCGCUAUGCAGCUAUAUCUUCCUCCUCCAUUCAAGCAAGUGAGCUACACCAGAAAAAGAGCACUGAAAGUAACCCAGCCGCUACGGCCCUGUAUCCACCUCCGCAUCAGUGAAGAUGCACCAGAAAAUGAGCACAGAAUCAAGGAACAGAAACGUGUUUCCUUUGCAGACACAAAGGGCUUGCCCUUGACUACGGUUAAAUUCUUUGAUUUGCACGACCUAAAUUUUUCCUUCAAUGUUGAUGACCUGAUCAGCAGCUUAGUAGGCCUGAAGACCACAGACAAAGAUAGCCUGCUCUUAGAUUUUGCACAGCCUUCGUUGAACUACCAAGAUUUCAAGAAUCGUGUAGAAACUGACUUGGUUUGCCUUGAAAACUGCAUGUUACAAGAGAAUACCAUCAUGGGGACAGUCAAGGUGAAAAACAUUGCAUUUGAGAAAUCCUUGAAAGUGAGAAUAACAUUUGAUACUUGGAAAUCUUUACAAGACCAUGACUGCUGCUAUGUCCAAGACUCUUAUGCUGGCUCAGAUAAAGAUACUUUUGCAUUUGAGAUUCGUUUACCGGAAUACAUUGUUCCACACGAAAGGAUAGAGUUUGCCAUCUGUUAUGAAAGUGGUGGGAAGACCUAUUGGGAUAGUAACAAAGGGCAGAACUACAGGUUAAUCCGGUCGGAGCUGAAACACACUCCGGAGUCUAGCAAAACAAAUCAGCCACUGGAUGCUUUAUUGACUGAAUCUGACUGCAUGCCAGGAUAUGGGAUUGAGUUUGACCAUUAUGGUGGUCUCCGUUGCUCCUAUGGUUUGUUCCCCGAAUGGCCCAGUUACGCUGGUUAUGACAAAAUGGGACCUUACUAUUGAGCAGGAUUGCUUGGGAUUACAUUGUUCUUGAAAGUCUAGAUGGUUUUAAAUUUGUCUUUCAAUGUAUAACUGGUUUAGCAAAGCAAGGGCUGGUUGCAAGCAUUAACCGGAUGUUGUCAACACAUCAGAAUCUUGCGAUUUUUAACAUUUAUUAAAUCCGGGUUGUCGGUGCGCAAGCUCAUAUUGUAAUCUGUAAUUUGAAGUGUCUACUGAGGAUCACAAAAGAAUGCUGCCUCUCCAAAUACACCAAGUGUUCACAUUCUGUACUUGGUGUCACUGUUUAAUUUUCCAGCAUGUUUUCUAAUUGUCUUGAGGUGCACCUACCAAUUCAAGCAUGACUCUGUCAAUUCUGAAAUGUUCCAGUCUUUUCAACUCUGCCUGUUUGCACCAAAUGAUUUCAGGAAGCUCUUCUAAAGCAGCUAUUGACAUGUGGAAUGAACUUGUGCAUAGGGUAAUGGAGGCAUCGUUUUAGAACAACUAGGAGGCUGUGAUGGAAGCCAUUCUAGGACCCUUCUGGAUUGAUCAUCUUCAACUGUAUUUUUCUUAAAGUACUUGACCUGUUUAAAGCCCAUUGCAGGUUUGAUGUCGGAUCUGGGAUCCUGGUAUCAAGUUCAUUUUGUAGUGAGGAAUUUUUUUCAAACAGCAGACUCAUUGUGUUGAUUUUGAUCAGCAGACAAUCAAUAGUACUCAAACUGAUUGGACCUUGUUUUAUCAGGUCUAAAUAUCCAAGGGGAAAUGAAAGAAUGCGCACUUUCAUAUUUAUUCUGUAGAAAUUUGUUGACACUUCCACUAAGGUCAUUGUAUUCAGUUUUUCUUCUUGCCCAUUAGUUUUCUCAAAAAAAACUGAAUUUGAUUUAUCAUAAGUCUUGCACAUUAGAGACUAGGAAUUUGCAUAGAGAUGCUCCUUCACUUGACAGUUCAAUGUAAAUUAGUAGCUCAAAGGUAGUUAAACUCAAGUUGAGUCCUUCUCUCUCACCUGAGAGAUUUGCAUUUGCUUGGGAGAUCUGUCAGAUAGCAGUGACUGUUAGCUGUAUGUUGUGGAUUGGCUGCUGUGCUUGUUAAAACUGAGCCUGUACAACACUGUGAAACUGCGAGUGAGCAGGAAUAAGCAUCAACAAAUGACUUAGCCUUUUGUCCUAAAAGCACUGUCGGCUGGGACACAGCUCCUCAGGCAUUUGCUGCUCUCCAUUGUCUGGCCCAAAUAAUCAAUUUUGUCAUAUGUAGUAGACAUAGAGUAUUGGCUUAGUUAUGCCACUUUGAUAGGCAUCAGGAUUUGCUGAAUCAUAGGAAAGUUUAACUUGGGUAAAUUGUGGUUUUUGUGCAUGUGUUGCCACCAGUCCCCCAGGUCGAACAGCCAUUGAGCCUGGGAAACUCCUGACCUUUGCUCAGUGCUGUACCAAGUGGUGCAGUCAUACAUUGAGCUGCCUGGAAACCCAGACAAGUACUUUUCUGUCAAAGAAAUUUGGAGAUUUUUUUUUCCCCAGCUCUGUGUUAUUGAACCCACUGUGGUGCAUAUAAUGUGAUCAAGUGUAAUUCAUUACAGUACAGUGAUGAUCUAUUGUAAUUCUUGUUUCCCACAAGGAAGGCCUUUGAGCAUGUACUGUCCACAUGGCACGUGCACAUUUAUGUCAAGUUCUGUGCAACUUCCACCACUGCAUGACACCAGUAUUUAAAACAUUGGGCAGGUCACACAUCAGCAGCAACUGUCAAUUUCCAUUUUUAUACAUGGCAUUCCAGAAGUUUUCCUGCUGCUUUUGGGAUUACAUUCCAGGAAUCUGUCCCUCUUUUAUUUUUCUCUCUGAUGAAACUGCAAACCACUGGUUUUGGCUGUGAAUCUUAGAAGUUAUGGCAGGGAAAGAGACCAUUCACCUGACCCAUUGCUAGCUCUUCAACUGUAGUUUUCACCAGCACCAUCAUUUUAUAUUACUUUUCAAACACUUUAGUCAAUCUCCUCUUGUCCCUACUCAGUAACUACUUGUGGCAAAGCAUUCCAUGUUCCAACAGCUCACAGUGUUGGGGAGGGAGGGAAAGAAAUCUUCUAACUUCCCCUUUGUUCCAGCACCUCAGGAGUUUGUCACGAAUCCACCAACCAGUGCACAAUCAUUCAUCGUUUUGAAGGCCUUAGAAUAAAAUCUCCAAGGAUCAUGUCCUGUGAAAUGUUUCCUCCAAAUGAAAAGCUGCUUUAUUAGAUGUUCCAGUUCAAUGGAAGGCUGAGGUCAAUAAUUUUUUUUGUUGAGUGAGGAUAAAGGGAUAUGGAGCAAAUGGACUUGCAGAUCAGCCAUAGUGGGGGAGCAGGCUCUAAUGACUGAAUGGCCUCCUCCCAUCCCUAUUUCUAGUUUUUAAUGAUCUAAUUGAAUGGUGAAGCAAGCCAAGGCUGACCCCGGCUCCUUGGGACAAUAUACUCAGUGGCUGCUGUUCAAUUCUGUUGAUCACUGGUGUAUUUUUUUGGCAAACCGUAUUCUGUGUCUGAUGUGCUUUACACAUUAAAGAUUGACCUGGCUGUG